AGGGGAGAGGCGGAGGGCCGGGAGGGGCCCUGCUGCCUCUGCCUGCCUCAGCGCUCUGCUUUCUACCUGCAGAAAAUAGAGGACGGGCAUUUAAACAACUCCCUGGGAUCCCCGGUGCAGGCUGAUGUGUACUUCCCUCGGCUGAUCGUCCCCUUCUGCGGUCACAUCAAAGGAGGGAUGCGGCCGGGGAAGAAGAUCCUGGUGAUGGGCAUCGUGGACCUCAACCCCGAGAGCUUUGGCAUCAGCCUGACCUGUGGGGAGUCGGAGGAUCCUCCUGCGGAUGUGGCCAUCGAGCUGAAAGCUGUAUUCACAGACAGACAGUUCAUCAGAAACUCGUGUGUAGCUGGAGAAUGGGGAGAAGAGCAGUCGUCUAUUCCUUACUUCCCAUUUAUACCGGACCAGCCUUUUCGGGUUGAGAUACUUUGUGAGCAUCCCCGUUUUAGAAUAUUUGUGGAUGGACAUCAGCUCUUUGAUUUUUCCCACCGUAUUGAAACACUGUCAGCAAUUGACACGAUAAAGAUAAAUGGAGAUCUUCAGCUUACAAAACUUGGCUGAACUUGUUAGAACUGUAGAUUCCAAACCGGCUCAGGUGCCAUCGUCUGUGUGGAGAAGUGACAGCCGGCUCUGGACACAACUAUAGUAGGAAGGCUGUUCCUUUUCUGUGUGCAGUUCUUCACGCCUGUGCCGAUGAACUGGGCUGUUGUCUAUCUUAAUGAAGAACAUUGAUGGUUAAUAGACAUCGAGCCAUUUUUCUUUGAUCAAAAUAACCCACUUGUGCUGGAUAAUCAAUGGAAUGGAUUCGGAAAGACUUGCAGUCUUGUUUCAAAUCUCACAGAAAGGCGAUUUCUGAAACACAGCACUAAAAUCAGUUACUGCACAGCAGUAACAAUAACAAAAAAAGGUUUUUCUUUUGCAAAUAUUGUUUCUGCACUGAAGUGGAGUAGUGUAGCACAAUGUAGGGCCACAUGUUGAUGUCCUUACCCAGGGCUUGAGCCUGGUUCCACGGAAAUCAAUGGCAAAUUUGCUAUUCACUUUAUCGGGGUACAAUCAAACUUAGUCAAGCACAACUCCCAUUGAUUUCUAUGGGAUUUUUGCACAUGCCCAGGGGCGAGAUCUGCUGCUGGUGUUAAUCAGCUAACUUCCAUGGCUUGCAGUGCCAUCCUGCUGAUUGCUCCAGGCCGCUGAUUUGGUCCAAGGACUGCGCAAAAAACUGAAUGAGGGUAUGAGGACACUAGCCUGUAUAUUUUAGUCAGGGUAUUUGCAUAGAAUGUAGAUUGUUACAAGUUUUUGCACAAUGUACUGUUAAUACAAUUUUUAAAGCUUAUCUGUAGUUUAUUUAUUUAUACUCAUUGUAUGUAUUAGUAAAAAUGAACAAUCUUACUGAUCGUUAAGAACAGCAAAGUGUAAACAUUUUGAAUGUACAAAAUGUCUUGGGUUCUUUGGGUAAACUCUACAUAUCGUUCUGGAAAAUUCAUGUUUCUUAUUGAACAUUGAGUUACAUUUUAACGGAGCCCUCUGGGCCCUGGGAAAAUGUGGGCAUGGUAGAUGGUGGGGGGAACUCUUUGCAUAUAUUUACUAAACUGUUUUUCAGGGCUUACUAACUUUGCUGUGCAGGAUAGGUUUGAGUUAAAGUCAAUCUGUUUUUAAAAAUUAAACGGCAAAUUUGUAGCUGUGUUUUUAUAACUUGAGAAAAAGUUAAAUUUGGCAGUCUCUUAGCUCGGCAAGAGAACUAGCCUCUUUCCAGGGGAGAUGGGAGAUUUUUUUUGCACUCAUUUGAGAACAUAUUCGGCCUUUGAUAUGACAAUUAAAACUUGUCUAGACAGCCAAGUUAUUAAUGCUUGAAAAUCAUCUACUGCACAUGAAUAAUAACUUUUCAAGUAGCUUUUUAACUAGUAGGUAUAGCUGUAUAAACAGAGUCAUUGCGCUACACUAUAAAUGAACACAACCACUUUUCUUGACUUCUUUAGGACUAAAUGCGCUUUUUCCUUGGCUGCUCACAGUAGACCACGACAAGUUUUUCUGAGUAGUUAUAAUCAUGAUAUAAACAUAUAUUUAGGCAAUUUUGAAGACGUGUAAUGUAGGGACACAGAAUAUAAAAACAUCAUUUGUAGCACAGUAUUAAAAAAAAAAAAGAGAAAAAAAAAUCUCACAAACAGAGUUAUAUUAAGUUUGCAAUAAGGAAGUGUUUCAAAGCAACCAGAACUGGAAUAUCCAAAGUGGAGGGUAGAAUGCCAGUUGCAAAGCCUCAUUUUGCGCUAAUUUGGCCUGCAGUUAAGAAGCCUUAGACUGCAAGCUGAAAUUCCAGCUAUGGCUCUAGUCCAAAGGCUGCUGAGGUCAACCAGAGUCCUCUGAGCACAAAGGCAUAGAAGCUUGAUUCUUAUUUCACACAAGUGCAGAUCUCUCUGUGAAGCCAGGGGGUGGUGCUGCUGUGAGUGAGUUAAGAAUUGGGCUCCCACCUACAAAAUGAGUUGUUAAUGGAAAUUUUAGCCUUAAGAUUGAAGCCCCCUGACUUUUUUUCCUUUUUCAAAAUUAAGUGAAAAGCUGUUGUUUUCCAGAUGAUCUUUUUAUCUGGUCUAUGGCUUCUAAGUUGUGCAUCAGAUUCUGUUUGUACUCCGGAUUGAACCUCAAUAUGAAAUGUUCCCGUCUUGCUCUGUUUUUACUCUUCUCCACGAUUCAUGAUGGCUGUGUCAUUUUUCGUCGUAUAAAGAAUGCUGACAGUGUUUUGGUACAAAAUAUAUUCUUAAAAAUGAUGAUAAUAAAAAUCCAAGGGAAAGGUGCUUCCACAUGAGCUGUUCGGAUUUUUCUCCAGCUUUGGAACAGUCUGUAGCUCCAAAGCAGAUGCAAGCAGAAAAUGAAUUCUGUUUGGAGAGAUGUUUGAUGCCCACCCUGUCUAGUGCUUUCUCUAACUAUACCUGUGAAGCCAUGUUUUGUGAUGCAGAGCCAUUGCCUGAGGCUGUCCUGCUACUCCAGAGGGCCACACAGUAGGAGGCUGGAGAGAGCAGCACUGUGGCCCUGCAGUAGCACAAAACCCAAAAAGAUCUCUGACAGCACAAGGCCAAUAGAGAUUCCUGCUCUAUGCCUUUGCUGUAGCCCAGAAUAAGGGCUUUGGCUGACUUGAAUUUUCAGCCACUUGAGGCUCCAGGUAGCUGCAGUAGUUUAGUGCAGCCCUCAGAUUUUUCAUGACCUGGAUGGUCUUGGCACAGCACAGAGCAUAGGCCAAGCACGCUGAGAUGAACUUUACAGAGGUCUCUAUCAGCAGCAAAGACCUGGUGAUAACCAUCCUGCCUACUUUCCCACCUCUGUACCAGGCACACUACUUGGUUCCUGCUCCAGUAGUUACCUGGCUCAGCAAAAUGCUAUUUUGAACCUCGUUCUUGUUUUGCCUAACUCAACUGACUGUGGCACCCACCACCUGCUUCUGCCCUGUCAUGGUUUCUGAGCAGGGCUUAGAGGCAAGAAGAGCUGCAAAUCCGCUUUUGCUGGGCAGUGGUUUGGCUGAGAGCUCAAGAAAGGGCAGAAAGUCACAUUUAGAGUUUCCACAUCUACUUGUGUGUUUAACAGAAUGUUGGAAGCCUUUUCUUUUGCUCUUGGGCAGUACCAGGAAGGAUGAUGGCUCCGUAACCAAGGGCUGUCCCACGUGUGCAUGGUUUACUUGGCUAACUGCAUUCAGAAGGUGGUGCAGUGCAAGUCAGAGAAAACUUGGGCCUUAAAUGUUUCUGUUCAGUUAGACUUUGAGCUAAACCCAAAUGUUUAAGAUGGGAGACUGCUGUAAAAUUUAUAUCUGAAUUCUGUCUCUAGAAUUUAGGGAUUACUCAGAUGUUCAUUUGGGGUAUAAGCCCUACUAAGCAUGAAAUCAGACUGUUUCCAAACUGGGACAGUCAUUGGGUUUUCAAAAUGCUUUUCAGUAGGCUGUAGUAGUCUGUGAACUACUUGGAAGCUGCAGUUCCUCAGGAGCAAGUGUGUGUUAGCCAACUUUUGAGAUCUUCUGCUAGAAUCUAUGAGCUAAAUAUUUCUGCAGUUUCCUCUAAAUGAGGAAAUUAUUUCUGAAAUGAAAGAAGUCUUGAAUGGGUAAAAGCUUUGGAGUGUAAUCUCUCAACUUAGCAUAGCUUUAUUAUUUUUUCCAAAAAGGAAAAAAA